AUGGAAGUGAUCUAUAAUAGGAAUAAUUCUUCUGCAGCUGAUCCAGCGGAGUUGAACACAGCGGAUCAAUAUCCGCUGCUACAUCCGCUGAAAGAUCUGUUGCCAGUUCUGAUCGAUGGGGAUAGGCAUGAAGGCCAAUCAUUCUGGUUAUCUGAGUUUCCCUCGACAAUGCCGGAGAUGUUCUCAGAUGCUCUUAGAUCGGGGAAGUACGGAAGUGACAGAGAAGUCAACCUUAUUUGCCAAGGGACUAAACUAUCUGCUCUAUCUGAUACUGAACUAGAUGCCGCAAAAGCCCCAACUCUGGCUCAAGAAAAGAAGGGCUCAGUCAAGAAAGAGAUUCGGGUUAGGCGGAAAUGGCAUAUCCAGGGCACGGCGCAGAGGAUGUUCCGGUAUUGUAAGAUAGGAACGGGAGUGAAAGAAUGCAUUGGACGAAAGAAGAGGUUAGAACCAGCUCCACCGGCUAAAGGGACAUGGACUCUUCAGAAGGCUCAGACCAAUUCAACAAGAUUCGAAGAUGCUCUAGGUAGAGGUUCGAAGAGACUGAGCCAAGUAAAGAUAAAUUGUCCGGGCCAAGAAAGCAAGCCAAGCCGGGAAGGCAUAGAGUCGCCCCCAAGAUGA